GUCAGCCCGCCGAGGUGAGCACCUUUUCGCCACCCCUCGGAAGUCCCGGGCAUCCCCCUGCGCCCCGAGCGGCCGAUGCCCAGGUGAGGAACCUGAGGUAUCAGGACCUGCCCGGGGCGCGGGGCCUCUGGAAGAGGAGCCCGGACUGCCUAAGGCGAGCGAUUAUCAGCUCUGACCCACCCGGGGCUACUCGUCCCUGCACAACAACCCCGGUGCCAAGGCUUGGCUCAUGUUUGACAGUGAAGAGAGAAAAAACCUGAAGGACAAUGGAUGCAAAGGCCCGGAAUUGUUUGCUUCAGCAUAGAGAAGCUCUGGAAAAGGACAUCAAAACAUCCUACAUCAUGGACCACAUGAUCAGUGACAGCGUUUUAACGGUAGCAGAGGAGGAAAAAGUGAGAAGUCAGACCACUCAAUAUCAACGAGCAGCUAUUUUAAUUAAGAUGAUACUUAAUAAAGAUAAUUGUGCCUACAUUUCAUUCUACAAUGCUCUGCUACAUGAGGGAUAUAAAGACCUUGCUGCCCUUCUUCAUAGUGGCCUUCCACUCCUUUCUUCUUCCAGUGGCAAAGACACAGAUGGUGGAAUAACUUCAUUUGUAAGGACUGUGCUGUGUGAAGGUGGAGUACCACAGCGGCCAGUUGUUUUCGUUACUAGAAAGAAGCUGGUAAAUGCAAUUCAACAGAAGCUCUGGAAAUUGAAUGGUGAAGCAGGGUGGGUCACCAUAUAUGGAAUGGCAGGCUGUGGGAAGUCUGUAUUAGCUGCGGAAGCUGUUCGAGAUCAUUCCCUCUUAGAAGGUUGUUUCCCAGGGGGUGUACAUUGGGUUUCAGUUGGGAAACAAGACAAAUCUGGGCUUCUGAUGAAACUGCAGAAUCUUUGCACACGGUUGGAUCAAGAGGAGAGUUUUUCUCAGAGGCUUCCGCUUAAUAUUGAGGAAGCUAAAGACCGUCUCCGUGUUCUGAUGCUCCGAAAACAUCCAAGGUCUCUGUUGAUCUUGGAUGAUGUUUGGGAUCCUUGGGUGUUAAAAGCUUUUGACAACCAGUGUCAUAUUCUUCUUACAACCAGAGAUAAGAGUGUUACAGACUCAGUGAUGGGUCCUAAGUAUGUUGUCUCUGUGGAGAGUGGUCUAGGGAAAGAGAAAGGACUUGAAAUCUUAUCACUUUUUGUUAACAUGAAGAAAGAGGAUUUGCCCGUGGAGGCUCACAGUAUUAUAAAAGAGUGCAAAGGUUCUCCUCUCGUAGUGUCCUUAAUUGGUGCACUUUUACGUGAUUUUCCCAAUCGCUGGGCGUACUACCUCAGACAACUUCAGAAUAAGCAGUUUAAGAGAAUAAGGAAAUCUUCCUCUUACGAUUAUGAGGCUCUGGAUGAAGCCAUGUCUAUAAGUGUUGAAAUGCUCAGAGAAGAUAUCAAAGAUUAUUACACAGACCUUUCCAUCCUGCAGAAGGAUGUCAAGGUCCCUACAAAGGUGUUAUGUGUUCUCUGGGACUUGGAAACUGAGGAAGUUGAAGACAUACUACAGGAGUUUGUUAAUAAGUCUCUCUUAUUCUGUGAUCGGAAUGGAAAGUCAUUUUGUUAUUACUUACAUGAUCUUCAAGUAGAUUUUCUUACAGAGAAGAAUCGAAGUCAGCUUCAGGAUCUACAUAGGAAGAUGGUCACUCAGUUUCAGAGGUAUUACCAGCCAAAUACUCUAUCUCCAGAUCAGGAGGACUGCAUGUAUUGGUACAACUUCCUAGCGUAUCACAUGGCCAGUGCCAAUAUGCACAAAGAACUUUGUGCUUUAAUGUUUUCCCUGGAUUGGAUUAAAGCAAAAACAGAACUUGUUGGCCCUGCCCAUCUCAUUCAUGAAUUUGUGGAAUACAGGCAUAUAUUGGAUGAAAAGGACUGUGCAGUCUGUGAGAAUUUUCAAGAGUUUUUAUCUUUAAAUGGACACCUUCUUGGACGGCAGCCAUUUCCCAAUAUUGUACAGCUGGGCCUCUGUGAACCAGAAACUUCGGAAGUUUAUCAACAAGCAAAGCUGAAGGCUAAGAAGGAGGUGGAUAGUGGGAGGCUUUACCUCGAGUGGAUAAACAAGAAAACUAUAAAGAAUCUCUCCCGCUUAGUUGUCCGCCCCCACACAGAUGCUGUUUACCACGCAUGCUUUUCUCAGGACGGCCAGAGAAUAGCUUCUUGUGGAGCUGAUACAACCUUACAGGUCUUUAAAGCUGAGACAGGAGAGAAGCUUAUUGAAGUCAAAGCUCACGAAGAUGAAGUGCUUUGCUGUGCAUUCUCUUCAGAUGACAGCUACAUAGCAACCUGCUCAGUGGAUAAAAAAGUUAAGAUUUGGGAUUCUGCGACUGGGAAGCUAAUACACACCUAUGAUGAGCACUCAGAGCAAGUAAAUUGCUGCCAUUUCACCAACAAAAGUAAUCACCUUCUCCUGGCCACUGGUUCAAAUGACUUCUUCCUCAAACUCUGGGAUUUGAAUCAAAAAGAAUGUCGAAAUACCAUGUUUGGUCACACAAAUUCAGUCAACCACUGCAGGUUCUCACCAGAUGACGAGGUACUGGCUAGUUGUUCAGCUGAUGGAACAUUAAAGGUAAGCAUUUGCACAUCAUUAGAGGGUUCUAAUUUUAGAGAGAUCCUAUGAUUUGGGUUGAAUAUAUGUUUCUGUUGGUGUUAAUAGUGUUCCAAAACUGUGACUCAAUAACUGAGAUAAACAGCUUGUAUAGGAGGGAAAGGCCUAUCUUUGCUUAUGGUUUCAGAAAUUUUAAUCUGUCCUGUUGUCUCUGCCUAUGCCAAGGCAAGUGCCUAUGGCAGGAAGUGU